AUGAAAUUUACUAAGUGUAAUUUUUUUAUGCUAGUUCUUGGGAUUUUUAUUUAUAUAGCUGAUAUUAUAUCAGAUAUCUUUGUAGCUAGCAAUUUUUUCUGUGAGGGACAAUAUCUUUGGAGUACAUUAACAUUAGUUUUUAGGCUCCUUGCAUCAACAGUAGUCCAGACUUUCAGUUUUGAGUGGUUUAAAGAUGACUUGGAAAGACCUGAGUUGGGAAAGCUGGCCUGGACUUUUCUAGUUCAUUCUUUGCAUGGUGGAAUUCUUAUAAGAUAUUACUUUGCAUUGAAAUGUGGCUUCCAGUCUGCAUUUAAACAAAGCAGUUGUGAAGAUAAAUUGUCUGGAAGUCCUACCGGUGACAUUCAUAAACAAGCCAUUGAUGCAGUGACUGAUAUUAGUAUGCUCAGGGUAUUUAAAAUUUUCCUGGAAACAACACCCCAGCUCCUUCUGCAGAUUCACAUCCUGAUGGAGGAAGACAAAACUAGCUUCAUUCAGUAUAUUUCUAUCAUUACAUCUUUCUGCAGUAUUUCCUGGGCAACUGUUGACUAUCAGGUAUCAUUACAAAAAUCUCUGCCUGAUAAAAAUCAAGUUGGAGUCAUUCCCAAGUUAAUGUAUUUCUUCUAUAAACUGUUCACACUGACCUCAUGGAUACUUAGUGUUGCACUGACCACAGUGCUCAAUUUCAAAAGUUCUUUAAUUCUGUUAACUUUUCUUUGGAUCUUGAGCUUCUGCUGGAUUUUAAAACAACAUACAAUGUUUUACAAAUCUAAGAGGAUGGAAUAUUUAUAUAGAAUCAUUGUUGGAAUCAUUCUAACUUUUACCUAUUUUAACAUUAAGGGGAAAAAGACAAAGGUUGAUAUUUCUAUUUAUUAUACUGCUUGUGUGCUUUUAAUUUUAGUUAUAUUGUACAUAUGUUUGGUUUGGAAGCCUUUGGUUAUCAAUCAAAUACAUUUUAAAGCUGCGAGCAUCAUAAUUGUCCUCACUCUAGUGUUAGGUAUUAUUUUUCUUGUUGUUUAUUAUGGGCUUUUUCACCCCACUGUUUAUGGCAAACAAGACAGAGCUUCAGAUGAAGUUGAUGGAAUGUCAGGAGAAAAAGUUGUAGUCAGUAGAAUUACCAAUUUCAUAAUGCAAUGA